AUGGUGGCCUACUGGCGACAGGCUGGACUCAGCUACAUCCGCUACUCCCAGAUCUGUGCAAAAGCAGUGAGGGAUGCACUGAAAACUGAAUUCAAAGCAGGCGCCGAGAAGUCUUCUGGCAGCAGUGUCAAAAUUGUGAAAGUGAAGAAGGAAUAA